AUGGAGAAAAAGGAAAUUACUAACGUACAAGUACUGUAUAGGGAAUGGGGUUUUUACUUGACAGUCCUGGAGCAAUAUGCAAGAUCUUUACCAUAUUUCAAUAAGGCAUACGAAAAAAGCCCUACAGAUAUUAAAACAUUGCUGGGAAGAGCCUGGGCCCUUUCCAAAGACGUGAACUAUAAAGAUGCCUUAAUCGACGUUAACAAAGCUAUAGAGUUAGCCCCGGAUAACCUCAUAGCAAGAGCACAUAAAGCUCUGAUAACAUACUUAACAUGCGAGUUUGAAGAAGCGUUGGUCCAAAAUAGAAGGUUAAUACCUUUGAGAAACAAGCCUGAAAACUUCGUAAUGGGAGUUAUGCAUUGCACUGAAGCAAUACAAAACUGCCUAGGACAGAGGUGUGGUAGACCUUUAAGAGAUCAUUUUAAAAUUAUUAGGAGACUUGCUUGGAAAGACCAUUAUGCUUCUCUUAAAUCCUUCACACCUAAACCCAGAAAAAGACUAUUAAAACCUGUGAAAAGAAGCGAAAAAAAGAAGAUAAAGAAACCUGUACCUAUUGUUACAGAAGAUAUUCUGGAUACAUUGCAUAGUAACGUAACGGAUGAAGAAAAUAUUCCACGUUACACAAAGCCAUUCCUUUAUAAGCCAUUGCAAAACUACACUAGAAACAUAAAAAACUACAUGGCAGAAAAAUAUCUGGAGUCAAUGUAUUUGGAUAAAAUUUACUUGAACCAAAUUCGUACUGAAAAAGGAAUAAAAUCGCCAAACUUUAAUGGUACAGCCAAAAUAAAAGGCUUGGCUUUGAAUGGAUAUAAAACGGAAUUGCUGCGCACUAGGAGACCAUUUUACUACCUGAAAUACCUCGAGGCGCACUCCACAGGUGCAUUAAAAUCCAGACAAGAAAAACAAUUUCAGUUACUGCAAGAAAAGGCUACGAAAUAUGCCGAUAAAAGAAUCAAAGCUAUAAAUUUUGGUCUUGCGAAUAAACAUUGGAAAUAUGUCUUGACAAACGCUGAAAACCUCAGGGCUUUUUGCGAAAAAACUCCCAAGAAUCUACUAAAUAAUAGAGACAUGUAUAUGAGUGCUGUAUACAGUUCUGUAUGCAAUGCUCACUAUGAUAUGAAACGUAUAAAUAAUAACCAAUCAGAACACGAUCAAUUGAAAAGAGUCCUGGUUACAUUUGGUUUUCCCAUAUCUCGGACUCCAUCCAGAGAUUCUGGUAGUUAUAAAUUAACUUUUUUUGACAGCAAAUACAUCGCUUUAUACAAAGAACGCUUGAGAAAUGCUGAAACUCGAGAAGAAAUGGCCUGGAUUUACCACGAACUAUCCAGAUUCUACUCCGAUAAGAAACAUUACGAUUUAUCGAGAAUGUACGCCAAAAAAUGCCUAACCGAAGGCAGAAUUUGCGACAACACCAAAUGGGCGCUAGUGGUGACCACAGUUAUGAACUUUGAAGAGUUGCAAGGUUCUAAGGAGGUGGAAAAGCGCGAAAAGAAGAUUAUUGGUUUGAUGGCGGAUACGUCGAUGAAAAACGAGGCCGAUCACUUGUUUAGAAUAAUGUCAACAAUGCCUGCCACACGUAGAAUGUCGGUUAUGCCCGGAGUUAAGCUUGAAGAUCCGGUGAAAAUAGUGAGUAAUAAAAGAAUGUCUAUAAUGCCUGGCCCUAAAAAGGAAGCAAUGUAUGUGGAUUAUUAA